AAGCGCUUGACUGACUAUUUUAUAAUUUCCGAUGUCAACACCGAGAGACAGACGAGAGCUAAUCAGGGCAAAAUUACCCCCUUAUGAGCAUCCCCCUCCAUGGAUCCCUCCACACGAGAGGGAAAACAAUCCUGAAUAUAACAGUGAUAUAAGGCAGUUUCUUCCAAGAUCCCUGAAAUUACAAAGAUCAAAGGCAACAGAACAGCUUGGUUUCAACAUUCGUGGAGGACAAGAACAUCAUUGUGGAAUAUUUGUAUCCAAGGUGAUGCCAAACAGUGAAGCAGAACUUUUAGGAUUGAGGGAAGGUGAUCAGAUCUUAGCUGUGAACCAUAUAAACUUUGAAAACAUUAAUCACUCAGAAGCUGUUGGUGUACUGAAGUCUAAUACCUCCAUAGAUAUGAUUGUCAGUGAUUUUCCCUAUGGUUAUGACAGAACAUAUGAUAAAACAAAAUCAUUAGCAUCAAGUCAUCAACAGUCACCAAGAAGAUAGCAUUUUACUAUGUUGGAGAUUUAUGUGUGGAUGAAGACAUGUAGAACAUAAGUGAUGUAGUCAUUACGGUUGUGAAUUUAGCAAAUGAACUUCCAUAAAGAGAACUGUCGUUAAAAAUUUGCAUUCAUUUCAUAUAUUUCUGAAAGCAGGAUUUGCAAACUUUUUAAACUGGUUUUAAUUGCCCUUUUGAGAUCAUGAAGAUAUUGACAUCACAUGGUUUACAACUGUUUUUUUGGUUUUAUUUUAGAAAAUUCUCUUUUCCGAAAUUCUCGAGUUGGUGGCAUCUAUUCUUGGCCUUAUAUUUACAUAUAAGUCAUUACAGUACACAUAAACAAAUCAUUAGCAUCAACCAUCAUAAAAUUGGUAUUUCAUAUAUAUUUUGGUAGGUUAUUACACUUUCAUUCUUUGUUAUUUAUUAGUAAAUUACCUGAAAAACUAACCAAAGUACCCAUUUGAUAUCAUUGUACAUUCCAGAUCAUGAAAAUAUAUUUAAAGUAGCACAAACUCGCCAGUUCAUGAUAAAUAUGUGAAUGUUGCAUUUAUGAAUAAAAUAUAUUGCAAUUAA